AUGACAAUAGUUAAGGUGACAGUCAAAUGGAAAACAAAUGUUUACAAUGAUCUCGAGCUUAAUAUAAAUGAACCAAUAGCAUUAUUUAAAGAACAGUUAUGGAAAUUGACUGCGGUCCCUGCAGAAAAGCAAAAGCUAAUGUACAAAGGACUCAUAAAAGAUGACACUGAUUUACAAACAUUGAACAUAAAAAAUAAUGAUAAAAUUAUGCUAGUAGGGUCCUCAGAAGCAUUAGCUGAAAAACCUGAUAAAAUUACAUUUGUAGAAGAUUUAUCAAAAGAAGAUAAAGAAAAAUUUAAUGACGAUAAAAAUAUAAUUUUCGAAGAUCAAGGUAUAGUCAAUUUAGGAAACACUUGUUAUUUUAAUGCAGUUUUGCAAUUUUUAACUUCUUUUAAUGAUUUAGGAGAAUUUUUAUGUAAUAUAAAAAAACCAAAAAGUCUUGGAUUCAGAUCAAAUAAAGAUAUUUUAUUUGAUUGUUAUAUACAUUUUUCUAAAACAUUUGGAAAAUCAUCAGAACCAUAUGUUCCCUUAGAAUUAUUAAAAGCUUUUAGAGAUGUUUUUCCAAAAUUUAAAACUGUCAAUGUAAGAACAAAACAAUAUGCACAACAAGAUGCAGAAGAAUGUAUGAAUGCCAUUCUUACUUCAUUAAAUGAACAUACAGAAUCAAAAAUUAUUGAUAAACUUUUUUCAUUUAAAAUAGUGGGAAAAAUUAAAUGCAUAGAACAGGAUGAUGACCCCAAUAAAAAAAAAGAAUCACCACAAAACACUGAAGCAGACAAAACUAAAGCAGACAAAACAGAAGCGGACAAAACUGAAGCAGACAAAACUAAAGCAGACAAAACAGAAGAAGAACAAGAUAACAAUUUCGAAUUAACAGAAGAAUUUCAUAAUAAAUUAAUUUGUUAUAUGGGGACACAAAAUACCCCUGUAAAUCAUCUUCAUGAAGGUAUUAGAUUAUCAUUGAUCGAAAAAAUUAAAAAAAAAAAAAAUGAAAAUGAUAAAGAAGAUACAUUAUAUGAAAAAAAAUCAGAAAUUGAUUCAUUACCUCCUUAUUUAAUUGUACAUUUUUUACGAUUUGAAUCAAAACGCAUUGUAGAUACAAGUAAUACUGUUUCUGUUGUUACUGCCAAAAUAUGUAGAAAAGUUUCCUUCCCAGAAAUUUUUGAUAUUUAUGAUUUCUGUUCAGAUAAAAUAAAAGCCGAUCUAAAAAUCGCUCGAAAUAUUAUUAUGAACCGAAAGGAUAUCAAAACACCCAAUGCAAAAGAAGAAACAAAUGAAGGUGACAAUCCAUCUCAAAACCCAACGACCCAACUUGAUGAAAAAAAAGAAUUCAUUGAAAUUCCAAAUGGAGAAUAUGAAUUAAUUUCAGUUAUUACACACAAAGGAAGAAAUGAAGAAAGUGGACAUUAUAUUGCAUGGAAAAAAAUGAGAAAUCGUAUAAAUAAAGAUUUACAGUAUGAUGAUAAUGGCCCAAGAGUUAAAAAAAAUAAAAGUAAUAAUGAACCAUCAUGGUUUAAAAUGGAUGAUGAUAAAGUAAGUCUUCAUAAUUUCUCCUCUCUUGAUUUAUUUGGAGGAUGUAGUGAUUAUAAUACAGCUGUAUUAUUAUUAUACAAAAGGAAGACACUAUCUUGUACACAAGAAGAAUUAAACAAAAAUUCAGCCUAA